AUGCUGGUGGCUAAUUCCGAGUUCUCGUCAUCGGUUUUACCUCAUUCGCCGUUGAUACCAAACCCUGUCGAAACCCUAGACGAGUCUAUUGGUAAUAAUCAGGUCUCGUUCUCGACGGAAGAGGCUUCAGUUCCGCCUCUAAACUCAGAUGGGUCUCCCUCUUCUCCGGUUGACGAAACCCUAAUCGUGUCUUCUCAGUUACGUCUUCGGCACGGCGAGUGCAGUGAUGCUCAAGUCAUGACCAAGCCUAUAGAUCACUCUAAGAGCAACAAUAUAAACUUGGCAAUUUGUUUGUCUGAAUCUCCAGAUAAUCGCCAACAAUGUUCUCCCCAUGUUUCACCUGGAUCCGAUACUGAUGCUGACUCAGAAAACCAACCCUUGUGUAGAUUCAGACAAGAACCUCCAAAGCCCGUCGAGCCCACUUGUGUUGGUGCUGGACUUUCGAACCUAGGCAACAGCUGUUUCAUUAACUCGGUCUUGCAAUGUUUAACUCACACUGUUCCUCUUAUCGAUAGCCUCUAUUCAUACCAAUAUCAAGAUCCUUGUAACUGUGACAACGGGUUCUGUGUGCUAAGGGUUCUUCGAUAUCACAUCAUUGAGGCACUGAUGAGGAAUUCAACGUUUUCAAUAACUCCAUUCUAUUUCUUUAACAAUCUCAGAUAUUUUUCACCUGACUUCCGGCGUUACCAACAAGAAGAUGCACAUGAGUUUCUACAUGCGUUAUUGAAUAAGUUGGAGAUAUGUUGUUUGAAUCGAAGAAAUGAUGUUAACUUGGUUCAGCAUAUCUUUGGUGGUCGUCUCGUCAGUGAGCUUCGUUGCUGCAACUGCAACUAUGUUUCCGAGACAUUUGAAGAUUCUCUUGGGUUGAGUUUGGAAAUUGAAGAUGUUGGUAACCUUCAAAGUGCACUAGAUUCCUUUACGCGUGUGGAAAAACUUGAAGAGCAAAUGAUGUGUGAUAACUGUGAGGAAAAGGUUAUAAAGGAGAAGCAACUCUUGCUCCAUAAUCUGCCACAAGUUAUCACAUUCCACUUGAAGAGAUUCAAGAAUAAUGGAUAUUUUAUGGAGAAGAACUUCAACUAUGUCGAGUUUCCAUUGGAGUUGGACUUGCAACCAUACACGAGCAAUGGCCGUGUUUCUUCAAAAUAUUAUCUCUAUGCUCUUGUGAAGCAUUUUGGGUCAUUAGCUUAUGGUCAUUACUCUUCCUUUGUGAGGUCAGCCCCAAAGAUAUGGCAUAAGUUUAAUGACAAAAAGGUCACUAGAGUCGAUGAAGCUUUUGUGUUAUCACAGAAUUCAUAUAUUCUUUUCUAUGCAAGAGAAGGGACUCCAUGGUUUUCAACAACCUUUGAACAAUUGCAUCCAAGGAAUGAAGAAGAUAGCUCAGAAUCUUCGCCAACGAAUGAUCCGACCAACGGGGAGUGUUCAUCUGAAGUCAGUUCUGAAAAUGUAUCCAAAAAGGGAUGUGGCUCAGCGGUAGUAUCUAACCUACUACACGUCGAGACAGAAGAGAGUUGUGUUUCCCUCUCCAACGAGCCUAAGGAAGAUGUGUUGUCGCAAUCGGAAGAGACUAGUGAUGAGGAAUCUUCCAUGGAAGAGCCUUUGAACCCUCAUGAUCAUGAUGAUUCUAACAACUCAUGCAUUGAGAAAGAAGCAGAUUCUUCGUUAGACAUUCAAAAAGCUACAACUGGUGUUGGUUUUUCCCCUUAUUUGAUAGACUCGUCACCAAGACAGCCAGAGUUGAGCACUUACUUGGCCUAUGUGUGUAAUGAUUUUUCAGAAGGAAAAGAAGAAGAAGAAGAACCUUGCAGGCAAUCAUUACUAAUAAGCCUCAUGAAGAAACCCCCACCUCGUGAUAGAGAGUCGGACCGACGUCGUGAUAGAGAGUUGGACCAAACUACUAUGUCUACAUCUGGUUCUGCACCAAAAAAAACAAAAACAUCCUGA